AAACAGAACUCACCGUGAAGAGGUGAUGAGGUUGAGGAGGAAAAGGUGCAGCAAAGGGCAGGGCUAACCUGUGAGAAUUACAAAGCAAAGAGACAUGAGGAAAGAAACACACAACAACAGAAGAGCGAGAUUGACAGAGAGGCUGGGAAAGUGGGAGAUGGCAAAUAUCACACACUGGAUUUAUCACAUGGGGAUAAUAAUAGACCAUUGUUAACAUCAAACGAUGUCGUCCUACUCUGAUGCUGAUAAUCAGUGUCAACCGGGGGACACCAUCUGUGAGAUCACAGUGUACAAACAGGAAGUCAUCAUCGUGCCCAUCCUGCUCCUUGCGAGCUUCCUGGUCACUCUGCUAAUCGUUCUCCUGAUGAGGUGCUGCCCUGGAAAGGGAAUCCGCGGACGACCCAGCAUAAUCCUAGCCCGACCACACAGCACCAGAAGGUUGAGCGCACACACACAGAGGCAAAGUGCCAGACAGAACGUACAGGGCAUUGAGGCUCCUCCUGAGCUGAACCCACUGGAGCAUGAGGAGUUACCUAUGGGCACUCCGACCUGGCGUGACGCCCCAGACACCUUUUCUGCAGUACCGGAGACGCCCAGAGAGAGGCAGCAUGGCUCUUUCAACCUAGUCACUCCGCUGCCCCUGUCCUUUGUCAAACCGAACGACUUUGUCACCCUCUGCCGGGCAAGGAUGGACAACAGAGAUGUGAUUCUACGGACACUUAAAGAGACAGCUGAUGCCAGCGAGCGCCAGUCCUUCCUGGGCUUUGCCUCCUUUCUGUCUGAGCUGGGGCCCCACCCCUUUCUGCCUGGUCUGAUAGGCGUGCUCUCCCUACGUACCCCCCUCAUCACCGUGAUGGAGGAACUGGAGCACAGGGACCUGCUGGGGUUCCUAUGGAGGUGUCGACAGGACACAGGCAGGGAGUCCCCAUGCGACAUCACAGAGAAGCGCAUCUUCACCAUGGGAGGACAAGUGGCUUCUGCUCUGGAAUACCUGCAUGGUCAGAGCUGUAUCCAUGGCAACGUUGGAGCUCGGAGCGUGUUGGUUGGCAGAGACCUGACAGCUAAACUGUGGGGAUUGGGUCCAGCAUACCGCAGGAAAACACAAGCAGGAACUCCAGGAGAGCUGGAGAACACCGAGACGAGGAAGUGGCAGGCUCCAGAAGUAUUGGCAAGGAGACUUGUCAGUCAAAGCAGUGACGUCUGGUCUUUUGGCAUCCUGCUCCAUGAAAUGGUGACACUCGGUGACCCACCAUUCCCUAAAGUCAUGGCCAAUGAUCUUCUCCAAUACCUCCAGAGAGGAAAGACUCAGAAGAGACCCGCUAAUUGUUCUAACUCACUGUAUUCCAUAAUCAAGUCCUGUGGCCAGUUCGCUCCACACGAGCGCCCUGCAUUGGCUGAAGUGGUCCGGAAGCUUCAAUCAGGAGAGAAGAGUGCCAACGAUAGGCCAGUUCGAGUGCCUGGGCCACUGGACAUUGAGAAGUACCUGCACGAGGCGGGAUAUGGAGAGGCCUACAAUUACACUGUUCUCUGAUUGGCUCCUGGGCUUCUUGUUUAAAUCUAGGUCAUAAAUUCAGUGUCGCUUUUUCACAUUACCGUGAAGACUGCUGGAAGAGCGUUUCAAAUGUCAAAACACCAAAUCUUGUUUUUCUUUAGGUGCCAUACUAUCCUCAAUACAAUGUGAGAGACUGAAGAAACACUCAGGUAUCAGGACAUAACUAUACUGAACAAAAAUAUAAACGCAACAUGCUACAAUUUCAACAAUUUUAAAGAGUUACAGUUCAUAUAAGGAAAUCAGUCUAUUGAAAUCAAUUAAUUAGGUCCUAAUCUAUGGAUUUCACAUCACUUGGCAAGGGGCACAGCCAUGGAUGGGCAUAGGACCACCCACUAGGGAGCCAGGCCCAGCCAAUCAUGAGUUUUUCCCCAUAAAAGGGCUUUAUUACAGACAGAAAUAAUCCUCAGUUUCAUCAGCUGUCUGGGUGGCUGGUCUCAGAUGAUCCCACAGGUGAACAGGCCAGAUGUGGAGGUCCUGGGUUGGCGUGGGUACACGUGGACUGCAGUUGUGAGCCCGUUUGGACUUACUGCCAAAUUCUCUAAAACUAUAUUGGAGGUGGCUUAUGGUAGAGAAAUUAACAUUAAAUGAUCUGACAACAGCACUGGUGGACAUUCCUGCAGUCAGCAUGCCAAUUGCA